AUGGCCGGCGAUCAGCUCCAAGUUCUGAAUGCCCUCGACGUCGCUAGGACUCAGUGGUACCACUUCACCGCCGUUCUCAUCGCCGGCAUGGGCUUCUUCACCGAUGCCUACGACCUCUUCUCCAUCUCCCUCGUCACCAAGCUCAUCGGCCGCGUGUAUUACUACGUCGACGGCGCUCCCGACCCUGGCAGCCUCCCUCCUCGUGUCUCCUCCGUCGUUAACGGCGUCGCGUUCGUCGGCACUCUCACCGGUCAACUCUUCUUUGGCUGGCUCGGCGACAAGCUCGGCCGCAAGCGCGUCUACGGCAUGACCCUCAUGCUCAUGAUCGCCGCUGCCAUCGGAUCGGGCCUCUCCUUCGGCAGCAGUCCUACAUGCGUCAUGACGACCCUAUGCUUCUUCCGGUUCUGGCUCGGAUUCGGCAUUGGCGGCGACUACCCGCUCUCCGCCACCAUAAUGUCCGAGUAUUCUAACAAGCGCACCCGCGGAGCCUUCAUCGCCGCCGUCUUCGCAAUGCAGGGCUUCGGCAUCCUUGCCGCCGGCACGGUGACCAUCAUUGUCGCCACCGUCUUGAAGAACUUCUACCCUGCACCUCCGUACGCCAUCGAUCCGGUCGCGUCCACCGUGGCUGAAGCCGAUUAUGCUUGGCGCAUCAUCCUCAUGUUCGGGGCGGUUCCGGCGGUGAUGACCCUUUACUCUCGACUGAAGAUGCCGGAGACGGCGCGGUACACGACGCUUGUGGCCAAGAACGCGAAGCAGGCGGCGGCGGACAUGGCCAAGGUGCUCCAAAUGGAGAUUGCCGUUGAGGAGGACAAGGUGGCGCAGAUCGCGACGGCACAAAACCACAACUUCGGGCUCUUCUCGUCGGCCUUCUUCCGCCGCCACGGCGCCCACUUGCUCGGUACCGCCACCUGUUGGUUCCUCCUCGACAUCGCCUACUACAGCCAGAACCUGUUCCAGAAGGACAUCUUCAGCGCGAUCGGGUGGAUCCCACCAGCAUCGAGCAUGAACGCGCUCGAGGAGCUCUUCCGCAUCGCGCGUGCCCAAACCCUAAUCGCACUCUGCGGCACCGUGCCGGGUUACUGGUUCACAGUGGGCUUGAUCGACGUCAUAGGCCGUUUCACGAUCCAACUGUUAGGCUUUUUCAUGAUGACCGCGUUCAUGCUAGGGCUGGCCGUCCCCUACCACCACUGGACAACGCCGGGCAACCAAAUCGGCUUCGUCGUCAUGUACGCCUUCACCUUCUUCUUCGCUAACUUCGGCCCCAACAGCACCACCUUCAUCGUGCCGGCGGAGAUCUUCCCGGCGAGAGUGAGGUCCACGUGCCACGGGAUCUCGGCAGCGUCGGGAAAGCUCGGGGCCAUCGUGGGGUCCUUCGGCUUCUUGUACCUCGCGCAGAGCCAGGACCCGACGAAGACGGAGCACGGAUACCCGCCGGGCAUCGGCGUGAGGAACUCGCUGUUCGUGCUCGCCGGAUGCAACAUCUUGGGCCUCCUCUGCACCUUCCUGGUGCCCGAGUCGAAGGGCAAGUCGCUGGAAGAGAUGUCCGGCGAAGCGGAGGAGGAAGCGGAAGCAGCCGCCGGCGGCGGCGGCGGCGGCAGAAGCGUUGGAAUCGUGCCGGUUUAG